GUAUAGCUAGUUCACUACUUAAAAAUCCAGUUUCAUGAUUCACUUCAUUAAUAAAUAAACUGAUUCGCUGUCAUGGUGCAAUAUGCAGCCUGUCCUGCGUUCCAGCUUGGAAGGCCUCGAUAUGAUCAGAGUACCUUUCUUGGCCGGCUGAGACACUUUGUAGCGAUCAUCGACCCCGGCACACUCUUUGUGUCUGAGAGACGAUUGAGAGAAUGCGUCAAACUCCUGGAUGAUUUUAAACGUGGAACACUACCACCAGGAGUUACAGAUCUACAGCUAUGGGAAGCCCAAAAGGUGAAGCAGGCCAUCAUUCAUCCUGACACAGGAGAGAAGAUCUUCAUGCCUUUCCGAAUGUCAGGUUAUGUCCCWUUUGGAACACCAAUUGUUGUGGGCCUUCUUCUUCCAAAUCAGACUGUGGUAUCUACUAUUUUCUGGCAGUGGCUGAACCAAAGUCACAAUGCCUGUGUCAACUACUCAAACCGCAAUGCUACUAAGCCUACACCAACAUCCAAGUUUCUUCAAGGUUACUUCGGAGCUGUGACCAGUGCUGUCUCCCUUGCGGUGGGACUGAAUGUACUGAUUCAGAGAGCCAACAGGUUGAGUCCAGCAACCCAAAUAAUCAUACAGAGACUCAUCCCUUUCCCAGCUGUGGCCAGUGCCAACAUUUGCAAUGUGGGCCUCAUGAGGCACAAUGAGCUGUCGGAGGGCAUCGACGUGCUGGACGGAAAUGGGAACGUGGUGGGCUCCUCAAAGAUUGCUGCCAAACAUGCAAUUAUGGAAACUGCCUUUACCAGAGUGGUCCUCCCGAUGCCAAUCUUUGUCCUUCCUCCCAUCAUCAUGUCCUACCUAGAAAAACUUCCAUUCCUGCAGACGAAUCGGAGGCUGUUGCUGCCCAUCCACAGCCUGGUGUGUCUGGCUACCUUCAGCCUCUCGCUGCCCCUGGCCAUCAGCCUAUUCCCACAGAUGUCUCAGAUUGAGGUGUCUCAGCUUGAGCCUGAAAUUGCCAUGGCAACCAAUAGCAAGGUGGUGACCUACAACAAGGGACUGUGAUGACCGUCCCGGGAACAGCGAUUCAAAUGAGCCUCCUUUUUGAUUGGCUGUCACGGACACUCCAGUUUCCCCACUAAUGGAUUGGCGGAAGGGUAGCUGAUCCUAGAUCUGUAACUAGGGGAAGCUUCACCCCAGAGCUCUCUCUCCCAUAGCCUAAUAUGGUAACAGGUCCAGGCACUUUCUGCUGCAUUAAUAUAGUGUAACAUAUAUUAUCAUGUGCUGUCUUAACCAAUGGUUUUAAUACAACAUAUACAAAAAUGUGUUUUAUUGUCACUUACACCAGAGAGGUGCAGUGAAUUGUGUUGUUUUACAGGGUCAGCCAUACCAGUCCAGCACCCCUGGAGCAUAUUAGGGUUAAGUGCCUUGCUUAAG